AUGUUUUCUCUGUUCCGCUCGAGGCCCGCAAAAGAGAUAGAAGACGAAAAACAUACACGAGCAUUAUUGGAAAUUGACCUCUGGUCUCCUCCUUCCUUUGACACAAAUCAAAUAAGGGUCAUUCUUUGUCAAGACACGGGAGACAAGGCGAAACUCACUUUAUUUGAUUCGGAUUGCGUGCCACAAAAUGCACCUGAAAGUUCGAAUGCUGAUGCCUCAUCUUGGAAAUUUCUCGGUGGAGCCUUUUUACAAAAGGGCGGUAACGAUAAGAACGCAAAGCCCGUGAAUUCCACUCAGACGAAAAGUCCAUACUCGCAUCAUCGCACUCACGCCCAAUAUAAGACGGAAAACAGACGAAGAAGUCUCGAUCCCUCGAACAAAUCAGGCGUAAAGACCCUCCCAUCAUCGGUGAAUCGAAACAAUGGGACGCAUUUUUCUCAGAGGAAGGUAAUUAUCAACGAACAGCAUUCAACCAUCGUUCCGUGA